AUGCCCACCAGAGCCAAAACCCUAGAUGGGAUCCUACCUUCGAUCGUCCAGACUUUCCACUCAUCUCCACGCUGGCGUCUCCAUUGCGACUCCACCAAGCACCCGAUGUGGGCAGCAGCUCCUUUUCGACCGCAACUCGCUUUAGAUGCAACUUCGGCCGGUGCUACGGACCCUCUGCCAUCCAUUGCAGCGGAGCCCUUUCAUGAGCAGGCGAUCAAGUUGAAGGUUCCCAGGGACAAGCAUACGCUUAACUACAAGCAUCUGAACCUCGAUUUUCGGCUCAUCACCGACGAGGCCACCGGAGAAAAGAAGCGGAAGGUGGACAUGUGGUUUAGCAGCCGGAAAACAACCGCCGCCAGUCACUGC